CUUGAUGGAAGGCACACCGUGGCACCUUCUGGGCAGCGGUUGGACGCGUGCGGGUAAGAUUGCCGACCCAUCGAUGUCCGUUGCAUCCAUGCAUGGGUCAAAGAGAAAGAAAAAAAUGUCUCAGGGACCAAAACGCCGGCACAUGCACAACCGGAACUCAACAUGAAGUCUAAGCUCUGACGGUAAACACAUCAUUCUGUUCUAUUCUCCGCUUAAUGUUAUUGGUAUAGACUUGUAGCUUCUUGUCCCAGCCUUCUCGUUUCCUUCCUUCGGCGACACCUUGCGAAAGCACGCCCGUACGGACCACCUUAAUACUCCAAACCCACCUCGGUCGGCCGUUUCUCCCCCACGAUGGACGGCAUCUACGACACGGCCGCCAUGGUCGGCAACCGGGUCAAGACCAACCUGGGCUCGUCCUUCACAAACAUGUCGGCGCAGCAGUGGAUCCGGCUCGUCGCGGUCGUGGGCGCCUACAUGCUGCUGAGGCCGUACCUGCUCAAGCUGGCCGAGCGCACGCAGCGCAAGCAGCUCGAGAAGGAGGAGGCCGAGCGCGAGGCCGAGGCCGCGCAGCAGCGCGCCGCCAUCUCGCCCAACGAGCUGCGCGGCCGCCGAAUCGAGAUCCCCGACGACAGCGAUAGCGAUGACGACGGUGGUAGCGGCAAGCCCGCCGUGGCCCAGUGGGGCAAGAAGGCCAGGCGGCGGCAGCGCGCCGUCGCCCGCAGGAUGGUGGAGGAGAGCGAGAGCAGGCUCGCCGACGCCGAGGGCGACGAGGACGACAAGGACAUUGAGGAGUUCCUCGUCGGCUAGGCGCGGGGGGGUUGGGUGGGCCGCCAGGGGACGUAAUGAUCCCCCCAUGCCGUCUUUGCCGGAGGGUACCUGUGGCCAGGCUGGGAAUGUGCAGUGAGGAGCGGGCUGGGAGUGGAGGAGGGCUCGACGGCCCGGGCUGCGACUGCGAGCACGGCGCGCCCCAAUAGUGACGGGGCUGGGCGUGCCUUUGCGGUGCUUGUCUGGCUCCAAUCACCACCUGUCAUGUGCCGGCGUCCAUCCAUGUGAUUGACGCCAUCACCACCCCGCCCACCUGUGCGGAUUAAGCCGCUGUGCGGAGGCAGGGGUAGGAGUUACUUGUACCAUGGUGUACUUUUUUGUAUCUCGGCAGCAUGGGUUUCGUGGCGGCCCCCAGGCAAUGCA